AUGCGUGAAAUUCUCACACUUCAGCUGGGCCAUCUCGGCAACUUCACAGCAACCCAUUUCUGGAACCUACAGGAGUCAUAUUUUACGUACAGCGACCAAGGAGAAUGCCUAGUUGACCAUGACAUUCAUUGGCGGCCCGGCAUCGGCGUUGAUGGAAGCGAGACCUUCCUUCCGCGGACAGUAAUUUACGACCUCAAAAGCGAGUUUGGAUCAUUACGGAAGAUCAACCCCCUCUAUGAUGGGACGUCAGAGUCGGCCGCUGCUGCCGAUUCCCUUUGGUCUGCACCAUCGAUUGUACACAAGCAGCAAGCUGUGGCCCCAAGCGCAUAUCAACAGAGUCUCGAUGCCGGCAAAGAGCCUUCACCGCUAACGACCUCAACCGUGCGGUAUUGGUCAGACUUUUCUAGAGUAUACUUUCAUCCCAAGUCUUCAAUGCAAUUGUGCGAUUUGGAACGUCAGUCGACAACUCUACCCUUUGAGAGCGUUGCCACCGGGUCGGAGCUGUUUUCGUUUCUUGACAAGCACCAGGAUGUGGUUGAUACCGACUGGCGUCCCUUUGUCGAAGAAUGCGAUCUUAUGCAAGGAACGCAGGUUUUUACGACGAUGGACGAUGCUUGGGGUGGGUUUGCCGCAUCAUAUCUGGAAGCUCUUCGCGAUGAAUACCCAAAGUCUUGCAUUUGGGUCUGGGGACUGCAAAGUCCCUCAUUAGGAAUCCCUGGAAAGACGCGUCAGCUUCGGUUGUCAAACACGGUGCAAACAUUGCAUCAAAUUUAUGGACAAUCAUCCAUGUUAGUUCCUCUCGCUCUGCCACCAAUUAUCACAGACUCGCAAGAGGAUCUCGAUAGCAGCUCGUCAUGGCACGUUACAGCCCUACUUGCAGCCAUGGCCGAGGUUGCCUUGACUCCCUGUCGUUUGAGGGGUGAAUCUCGGCAACCAUCCCUCAGCGACCUGGCAGAAAUGCUCAACAUUCGCGGCAACCAGCACCUGGCCGCUGCCAAGAUCAUGCCUUCCAUAAGAACUCAAGACGUUGCUGGAAAAAAUACGCAUACCAGUCUGUUCCAGUUGGGCUGGGAUGGUGGGAAGACUAAGAGUCGGGCGUCCCACGUAUUCGGUGAGGUAAUAUCGCAACGCGGGCCUCUUUCCAGCGAAAAAGACUCAGACGCAAAAUACAAAGUAUCGCCUCGUCAUGUCUACGGCGAAUCAGUCAUUAAAAGAUAUAAAACUCCGCUUUCGUUUCCUCUGCUGAACAGUUAUCCACCGGUUUUUGGAACUGUGACCGGCAAAACGGAGGUGCCACUUCGGGCCACCAUGACGACAGAUACAUACAUCUACGAUCGCAUGAAGGUUCUGCGCUUGCAAGCUACUAGUCUUAUUCACACGAACGAGCGAGAAGCACUUGAUAAUGGCAUAUCUGAAAUCGCCGAUGCUUACCGAGAUGAUUGGUCUAGCGGCAGUGAUGAAGACGAUGACGAUUUAUGA